AAGAGAAAAAGAAGAAAUAUCACAGGAAAAAAAAAAAAAAAAACUCUUCGUUGUCUUGCCUGGGCUUUUUUUUUUUCCCCCUAAAAAUAACAUUGGAAAAUUGGGAGAAGUCUCCUUGGUUUGGAAAAAAAAAAAAAAAAAAAAACAGGAAUCUUCAGCCUAGAUCACUUUCUUAUCCGGACUGGGAUAUUAAAUAUACGACACAUCCAGGAGUUUAUUGGAGCGCAGACUGAUGGCGCAAAGGUACGAUGAGCUGCCCCACUACGGCGGGAUGGACGGAGUAGGGGUGCCCGCUUCCAUGUACGGAGACCCCCACGCGCCGCGGCCGAUCCCCCCGGUUCACCACCUGAACCACGGGCCGCCGCUUCACGCCACGCAGCACUACGGCGCUCACGCCCCGCACCCCAAUGUCAUGCCGGCCAGUAUGGGAUCCGCUGUCAACGACGCCUUGAAGCGGGACAAGGACGCGAUCUAUGGGCACCCGUUGUUUCCUCUGUUAGCUCUGGUCUUUGAGAAGUGCGAGCUGGCGACCUGCACUCCGCGGGAACCCGGAGUGGCCGGCGGAGACGUCUGCUCCUCCGACUCUUUCAACGAGGACAUCGCGGUCUUCGCCAAGCAGGUUCGCGCCGAAAAGCCACUUUUUUCCUCAAAUCCAGAGCUGGACAAUUUGAUGAUACAAGCAAUACAAGUACUAAGGUUUCACCUUUUGGAGUUAGAAAAGGUCCAUGAACUGUGUGAUAACUUCUGCCACCGGUACAUUAGCUGUUUGAAGGGGAAGAUGCCUAUAGACCUCGUCAUUGAUGAAAGAGACGGCAGCUCCAAGUCGGAUCACGAAGAACUUUCAGGCUCCUCCACAAAUCUCGCUGACCAUAAUCCUGCAUCUUGGCGAGACCACGAUGAUGCAACUUCCACCCAUUCAGCAGGCACCCCGGGGCCCUCCAGUGGGGGCCAUGCAUCCCAGAGUGGAGACAACAGCAGUGAGCAAGGGGAUGGUUUAGACAACAGUGUAGCUUCACCUGGCACAGGUGACGAUGAUGAUCCAGACAAGGACAAAAAACGUCAGAAGAAAAGAGGCAUUUUCCCCAAAGUAGCAACAAAUAUCAUGAGAGCAUGGCUCUUCCAGCAUCUCACACAUCCGUACCCUUCCGAAGAGCAGAAGAAACAGUUAGCUCAAGACACAGGACUUACAAUUCUCCAAGUAAACAACUGGUUUAUUAAUGCCAGAAGAAGAAUAGUACAGCCCAUGAUUGACCAGUCAAAUCGAGCAGGUUUUCUUCUUGAUCCUUCAGUGAGCCAAGGAGCAGCGUAUAGUCCAGAGGGUCAGCCCAUGGGGAGCUUUGUGUUGGAUGGUCAGCAACACAUGGGAAUCCGGCCUGCAGGUUUGCAGAGCAUGCCAGGGGAGUACGUUUCUCAGGGUGGUCCUAUGGGAAUGAGUAUGGCACAGCCAAGUUACACUCCUCCCCAGAUGACCCCACACCCUACUCAAUUAAGACAUGGACCCCCAAUGCAUUCAUAUUUGCCAAGCCAUCCCCACCACCCAGCCAUGAUGAUGCACGGAGGACCCCCUACCCACCCUGGAAUGACUAUGUCAGCACAGAGUCCCACAAUGUUAAAUUCUGUAGAUCCUAAUGUUGGUGGACAGGUUAUGGACAUUCAUGCCCAGUAGUAUAAGGGAACUCAAGGGAAAAGGAAACACACGCAAAAACUAUUUUAAGACUUUCUGAACUUUGACCAGAUGUUGACACUCAAUAUGAAAUUCCAGACAGCUGUGAUUAUUUUUUACUUUUUGUCAUUUUUCAUCAAGCAACAGAGGACCAAUGAGACAAGAACACAAAUGUGAAAUCAUGGGCUCACUGAGACAAUUCUGUCCAUGUAAAGAUCCUCUGGAAAAAGACUCCGAGAGUUAUAACUACUGUAGUAUAAACAUAGGAACUAAGUUAAACUUGUACAUUUCUGUUGAUCACUCCGUUAUGUUGCCUCAAAUAGUUUUAGAAGAGAAAAAAAAAAAAUAUAUCCUUGUUUUCCACACUAUGUGUGUUGUUCCCAAAAGAAUGACUGUUUUGGUUCAUCAGUGAAUUCACUAUCCAGGAGAGACUGUGGUAUAUUUUAAACCUGUUGGGCCAAUGAGAAAAGAACCACGCUGGAGACCUUGGUGAACGUUUGGCUGAACCUCAUCCCUCGGACUCCGGCUUCAAGAAUGUGUUUUCAUGCCCGGCCUUUGUUCCUCCAUAAAUGUGUCCUUUAGUUUCAAACAGAUCUUUAUAGUUUGUGCUUCAUAAGCCAAUUCUUAUUAUUAUUUUGGGGGACUCUUCUUCAAAGAGCUUGCCAAUGAAGAUUUAAAGACAGAGCAGGAGCUUCUUCCAGGAGUUCUAAGCCUUGGCUGUGGACAAAACAAUCUUAAGUUGGGCAGCUUUCCUCAACACACAAAAAAGUUAUUAAUGGUCAUAGUACCAGAACUAGGACUUUAUCAGAAACUCAAAGCUUGGGGGAUAAAAAGGAGCAAGAGAAUACUGUAACAAACUUCGUACAGAGUUCGGUCUAUUAAUUGUUUCAUGUUAGAUAUUCUAUGUGUUUACCUCAAUUGAAAAAAAAAAAAGAAUGUUUUUGCUAGUAUCAGAUCUGCUGUGGAAUUGGUAUUGUAUGUCCAUGAAUUCUUCUUUUCUCAGCACGUGUUCCUCACUAGAAGAAAAUGCUGUUACCUUUAAGCUUUGUCAAAUUUACAUUAAAAUACUUGUAUGAGGACUGUGACGUUAUGUUAAAAAAAAAAAGUGUUAAGUCACAAAAUGCGGUAAUAAAUAUUUCAUUUUUGA